UGGGUGGCCAGUCGUUUAUCAAGGUUUGACGAAAUGCGAAUAGUGCUAGUUUUCUUUGCAUUUUCCCUUCAUUUCUUGAACAAAUUCUAAUUAGCUCAACUAUAACAAUUAUUUUAUUCUUUAUUCAAGAAAGUUAGUGUUAAAAAUUACUCGGGACAUUGAUUAUUGGCAAUUUUAUUGGGAAAGACAUAGUAUAUCUAAUUUUGUUGAAAUGGCGGUCUCGGCAGCGGCUGCUCUUCUGGAUGAAUUGAUGGGAAGAAAUAGAAAUGUAGCUCCUACAGAAAAAGCCAAACCAAUUAAUUGGGAAGAUCCUGAAUUCUGCAAGUUUUUCCUGGUGAAAUUUUGUCCUCAUGAUCUCUUCGUGAACACAAGAGCCGAUUUAGGAGCUUGCUCGAAGGUUCACGAUGACGAAGCAAAGGCGUUGUUUGACAAGUCGACCAGCUACAAGAAGGCACAUUACGAGGAUGAAUUCAUUCACUUUGCGCAGGGUAUGCUCAGCGAGGUGGAGAGGAAGAUAGCAAAGGGAAAGCAACGAUUAGCAUUAAUAGGCAAAAAUGAUCCACAAAGCUCAUUAACUCCAGCACAAACUCAAAGGAACGUCGAACAAAUAGCGUUGCUCUCAGAUAAAAUCAAUAAUUUAGUGAGCGAGGCAGAACAAAUGGGAAUCCAGGGCAAUGUGGAGCAGGCUCAAGGACUGAUGAAGCUCUGUGAUCAGUUGAAAGAGGAGAGAGAAACACUUCGCAAACAGAAUGAUAACAGUCAUUGGUCUCAGACUGCAGAACUUGCUGCAGCCCAAGAGAAACAAAUGGAGGUUUGCGAGGUGUGUGGUGCUUUCCUCAUCGUGGGAGAUGCCCAAUCUCGUAUUGACGACCACCUCAUGGGCAAGCAACAUGUAGGUUAUGCCAAACUACGUGCUGCUCUCGACGAAAUUGUUGACUUGAGAAAUGCUCAACGAGAAGAGAAAGAGAAACGGAGAGACGAGGAAAGAAAAGAGAGGUAUCGCCAGUUGGAGGAAGAAGAAAAGAAGAGGGAUGACCGUAGGAGAAAGCGAGACGAUGACGAUCACAGAGGAGGAAGGGAUCGAGGAGACAGGGACCGGGACAGGGACAGGGAUCGUAGGGACAGAAGAGACCGCAAUGAUAGAGACAAAGACAGAGAUGACAGAGGCAGUAGUCGCAGUCGCUCUUAUAGGGAUGACCGAAGACAUAGGAGUAGAUCACGCGACAGGAGAGAUCGCCGUCACGACGAUGAUUGGAGGCGGAACGACAAAAGAUCGAAUGGCAGAGACGGGAGAAGCAGCAGCCACCGCAGAGACUAGUGAUGUUCUGGUCAGUUCUAUCGAACUGCCUCCAGGCGAAUUCUUGGCAUUAGGAGGCUGAACCAGCAUGACCAUCCACAUUAAAACUGGCAGAAAUCUAGGAGUAGUCAACAGCUAUGGGGUUUGAAGGAUUCGCUUGUCAAACAGAGGUGGGUGACAGGUUAGCAUUCUCUCACUACAAAUUGCAAUAACCAAUCCGCCUAGAUCUACUGAGACUCAAGAGGCUUCGACUCACUCCAACUACACUACAGUACCUGCUCUGCAUUCAUCUUCUGAUCCGAGGUGAUUUAUUUGAAAUUAAAUUAGAACAGGCAGUUUUUCUCUUUUUCUUUAAUUAUUAUUUUUUCAUUAAAAUACGUUCAAACAUUUGUAUUAUCUUUUUCCUUGUAUUUAAUUCGUUGGUUUAAACUUAAUUCUUUAUCGGUAAUUUGUUUAUUGAUUUGUAUAAGACUAAUUUAUUCUCAUUUGAUUACUAUAUUUGUAUUGGUUUUCGAAAAGUGGCUUACCAGUACUGUACUCAAUUUUUAGGUUGUAUGUAUUCUCACUGAUAGAUAUAUCUCUUGAAAUAAAUAAUAUAAAUGAAUACGGUGACCCAACAAUUAUCUUUGCUGUGUUUUGGCGGUACUUCAGUACCUAGACAUUAUUUUCCAGAUAUCGCAAUAAUUAUUUUGUUAGGUGUGAGGUGAAUAUGAAUACGAUGUGAUUAUAUUAUUUUUCCAAUUUCUUGAAUAUUGUGUGGAGUCCUUAGAAAUAAGCAGUGUUUUCUCUUACUUUUAUAGUUCAUAAAUAAUUAUUAUGAUCAUGCUUUAUCCGUUUGGUGUGGCAUGUUGAACAUAACUUGAUAAAAAAUACAAAUUAUUCCAAUUAGUCUCUUUGCUGUUACGUCAUCACAAAUCCUAUAAAUAGUGUGAGAUUUUGCCUUGACUUAAAUGUUAUAGUUCUGAUCUAAUACUAUCCUCAUUUUUUAGAGUAGUUUAUGGAGUAAGUCUGUCUACCCUGUCAUUGUGGUGUUAGUUUCUUUGUUUGGGAGUAUAGUCUAACUUAUAGGAAUUAACCAAACUGCCUGUUCUAAAUAAAUAUGGCUUAGAAUAUUCAGUUCUCUCAUGAAAUUUGUGGAACAGCAGAAAAAAAGGUAUCCAAUUCAGUUUUUAUUCAUGGUUUAGGAUAGUUUCAAAAGCCAGCUCUGAAUGCGAACGGCUACAAUUUUAAGAGGUAUUUCUGUUGAAUAAAUAAAAAGUUCGUUACAAAUUAAUCAAGUGUCGAUUUAGCAAGCUCUGCUGUUUUAAAAGGCCGUCGACAUUUGGAAGGUAUUUCAUUUAUUUUUUAAUUAUUGUAUGCCAUGUCAGAUAAGCCAUCUGGAUAAGCUGGAUAAGCCAUCUCAAUGUGAAAGGUAUUCUAGUUAUAACUCCUGACGUAUGAACAUAUUUGUUGAAGUUACACUAAGAUUUGAUAUUAUUCAUGCUCAUCAAUGUAUCGUUAUAAGGCAGUGAAACCACUCUCCAGAACUCGAAUAAAUUGUGAUUGUUUGUAUCAAUAUUUAGGAUGUAUUUAUUUAGCCUUUCUCUUAUUACAUCAAUUGUUGUUAUUGAAAAGAUCAGAGCAAAAUCGAACAAAGUUUUACUUGGAGAUUAGCAAGUUUCAGUGCUAAGUACGAUGCUUUCCAAAAGCUAAAAUAGAAGUUUGGGUAAACGUCUGAAAGUUUAUUAAAGUCUGAGUAAACUCUAUAUUGUCUAGUUUCACCAAUCUUAGUCAAAUAUAUCGUAGCUAUUAUCAAUAUUUGACCUAAUCUGAAAAGUCUUGAGUUUCUAUUAAACGUGAUUUUGUUAAAAAUGUUGACAAAAUAUGCAAAAACCAAGCUGUGCUUGAAUAGUACAGGAUAGUUUUAGCUACCAUGAUAGCUGACUUCUUGGGCUUUAUGACAAAUUUCCAAUCUACAAAAUUAUCACAGACAAAAUUGUUAGCAAGGUUUGUCAUGGAACGUAUAUAAAAUGUAUUUUGUCUAACAUACAUCAUAGAUGUUCUGCAGAUAGUAAAAUAAAUACCAUACCAGAGAAAAUAUGAAACAAUGUUACAAAAAUUAACCUGCAAUUCGAAUUAUCUUUAUUUUUUGCUAGCUUAUGAGAACUUUAAAUAAAAUAUAAAAACGUUCUAAAGCAUAUUAUGCUUAUGAAAUGGAAUUAUCAAUGUUUCCAGCAAAUAAAAAGUAUUAUUUGACAUGUACUUCAAAUAAUCUCUCGAAUGAGGUUGGUGAAACUAGACAUAAAUCUCUGAAACAUGAAUUCGAUUUUUGUGCUUUAUGGAGAGACGUUUCUUUGCUCAAUAGAUUUCUUAAUUCAUUCAGAACAAUUCUGUCCAUCGCUCGAUUCAUUUAAUUGACCCAAUAUUUUUUAAUACUCAGGCACAUUGGCUAUAAUUUCUAUUCGCAUUCAGAAAAGUAAAUUUCAAGACAUAAAUAUGACUUGGUAGAUGAAACUUUCUAAUUUUACGUUAACGUUUAAAAUAUUGUAUAUAUUUUCUAUUUUGAUAUUAUGCUUGUAAAAAUUUAACUCCUAGGUCUCAAAUUAUCACUAUUUGUAGGUCAAUAAUUAUGAAAUUUGAGUCAAUAUUGUUGGUUAAGGUUUUGGAAAGCUCUUGAUAAUCUUUUCAAGUUCUUACAUCGAAUGGAAUUAGCUACCGGAUACAGUUUUCUCAGGUAAUUUACCAUUAUUCCAGAGUAUUUUAGUUAAGCAUUGUGUUUUCCAGUUGACUUAUUAAUUUUACUGUAAUUGUUUCUGUAUUUAAUUGAUAUUAUAUGAUCGGUACAUCAUUUUUGAAUUUGAUUGUUUUUUUCGUAAGAAAUACUGUUUCAGACCAACGAAUUUAAGAUUAGCAUAAUUUAAACAUUCGUUAUAAAAUACAUGGAAAUCUAUUCAAUUCAUUAGUAUGUAGAAGAGACAUCCCUCUUUUUAAUCAAUUUAUUGUAGAUCAAAGUUUGGCUUUGAUAUUGACGAACUUCUCGUGUUCUUAGACUUGAAAUUUAUUAACCUAUACCUUUAAGAUGCACUUUCGAUUGUAAAUCUUUCUCCAUAUCAUUUAAAAACCCCAUUUUUAAAGUAAUGCAAUAUUGCCCACUUAGAUAUUAUUUCUUCUUAGUCAUGAUCCGUUUCUUUUAACCUUCUUUUAAUUGAGCUCAAGCAUUCUAUCAUAUGUAGGCCUACAGAAAUUAUUUUAAAAUUGAAAAGAAAAUAUUUUUUCAAAAAAAAACCCCUAUUUACCUAAAAAUAAGGAAAUUUUAUUACUACUGAAUGCUGUUUUAUUAAUAUUGUCUCGCCAAUUUUUAUCCUCAUUCAAAUAGUACAACUAAAACUAAUACUCCGGAUAUCCCCCAAUCAAAUCUUUCUUUUUUCCCUAUUCAAGAUUUUUUCAAAUUCGUCAAGUUGUCUCAUUAUUGAUAGGUUUCACCUUUCAACAUCUGAAAUGAACUGUAUACAAUUAUAAUAAUCUGAGAAGUUCAAAAGCCGAAUGUCUAUGUUAUUGAAUAUAAUGUUCUCCUUGACCAAGAAUUUAGAUGAGAAAAAUUGAAGGGAUGUACUGGUGCAUGAUAUUAUCAACAUGAACAAGCUCUGUUAUUCUACCCUAGUCUAUUAACUGAUGACUCAUAGAUAUUAAGUUUAGAAAUAUUAUUUUAGACUCGAAGACUGCUAGGAAGCAAUCACCAACUUCUCUCCUGUACAUAAGGUUAGCAUUCAGUUUCAAUUUGAAGAAAUAAAAACAGCCAAAGUGCUUUAAAAAUACUAUUACUGUAUAAAACUAGUUUUACAUUGAUUGUAAAAAAUGAUUACUGAUUUGAGGUGAUGAAUUGCUGUAAAUAAUCAUUCACAACAUUGUCAUUGAAUUUGGUGUCAUUAUUUGGAUCUUUUUGUAUUGAAUAUCUCGUGAAGCAAUUGUUGAAUAAAUUACUUUAGAUUAUA